ACCCGGUGUUCGUGAUCCAGCCUGAUGGCCCGAUCCAGCCUGAUGACCCGGUCCGGCCUGGUGCCUCGGUGCCCGUGGUCCAGCCUGGUGCCUCGGUGCCCGUUGUCCGGCCUGGUGCCUCGGUGCCCGCUGUUCUGCCAGAUGACUCGGUGCCCGCUGUUGAGCUUGGUGACUCGGUGCCCGCUGUCGAGCUUGGCGACUUGGUGCCCGCUGUCGUGCCAGAUGACUCAGUGCCCGCUGCCGUGCCAGAUGACUCUGUGCCCGCUGUCGAGCUUGGAGACUCGGUGCCCGCUGUCGUGCCAGAUGACUCGGUGCCCGCUGUCGAGCUUGAUGACUCGGUGCCCGCUGUCGUGCCAGAUGACUCGGUGCCCGCUGUCGUGCCAGAUGACGCAGUGCCCGUCGACGUGCCGGAUGACUCGGUGCCCGCUGUCGUGCCGGAUGACUCGGUGCCCGCUGCCUUGC